UUCAUUCACCAUCCUCCACUUGGUGCAAGUUUCAUGUUCAUCAUAUGCUACUACCCAUUGAUCCUAGAGAGUUCUAGAUUAAGAAAGCUGAGUGAUGGAGUUCCACCAACACCAUGGCCAUGGACUCUUUGAAGAAAUGUAUGAUCCAAACAUUGGUUUUGGAAUCAAUGAUCUUGAUGCUCAAUUUGACCAAAAUGCCCUUCUUGCAACCCCUACCACUUUUGUUGAAAGCUCACCCCUUUCCAUCACCUCUCAAACCUCUUCUUCUUUUGAAGACUUUUCCUUACCAUUUUCCUUUGACCCACAAACCCUAAAUUGUACUUCAUAUGGUCAACAUUUCAUUAACCCUUUUGUUGACAAUGAGUUAUUAUCUGCCUCUACUCUUCACCACAUGUCUCCUACUAACAUCAAGCUUGAAUCUUCACCAUUGUAUGAUCAAGAUUACUAUUCUAUGUUUUCAAUGUUGGAUGAUGCACAAAACUGCCAUUUUGUGCAUGAUAUGAGUAACCUGGAAAUGCCCUACCCGCAAGGGGCUAUGGGUACGGAUCCAGAACCCGAGAAACCAACCAGGUUUAACAUGGGCAAGAAUGGUAAAGUUGAAGGGCAACCUUCAAAAAAUCUAAUGGCUGAGAGAAGGAGGAGAAAGAGGUUGAACGAUAGACUAUCCAUGCUUCGAUCGGUUGUACCCAAGAUCAGCAAGAUGGACAGAACCUCAAUACUCGCCGACACAAUAGACUACAUGAAGGAGUUGAUUCAGAAGAUUAAACAUAUGCAACAACAAAUGGAUAUGGAUAUGAAUGUGAAUGUGGAUACUUCCCCCAAAGAAAUAUUCAUCAGAAAUUCACCAAAGUUUGACGUAGAGAGGCGAGACACAGAUACACGUGUGCAAGUAUGCUGCAGUGGUAAACCAGAACUAUUGAUAUCCACAAUGUCAACACUCGAAGCAUUGGGCCUCCAGAUUCACCAAUGCGUCAUAAGCUGCUUCAAUGAUUUCACCAUGCAUGCUUCUUGCUCAGAGGAAAUGGAGCAAAGACUGAUGUUAAACACGGAUGAUAUUAAGCAAGCGUUAUUUAGGAACGCAGGAUAUGGUGGAAGGUGUCUGUGAUGUGAAGUCACUCUUGAAUAUUACCUGAUACUGAUAACAACUUUAAAGCUGUAAUUUUAAGUGAUUGAGGGAUACAAUUGUAAUUUUGUUAAUGUAGCUGCCUUGUGAUUCAUUUUUGUCAUCUAUUAUUCUAUAAUAAUAACAAUAAAGCUUAUGUUACUUUUUGCAUGUAAA